CCGUCGCCCUCGGCUCCUUUCACACCACCUCACUCCGUGAUUGUCGUCAAUGCCCUCUGGUAUACGAGUCUGCUGUUCGCACUGGCUCCGGUCCUGAUCGGACUCUUCGCAAAGCAAUGGCUUCGGGAGUACCUUUCAUGGACUCGCGUUGCUCCCCACGACUUGGCACUGCAUAGGCGAGCGUGCCGUUACGACGGCUUCCGGCGUUGGAAAGUGAAAGGCAUCAUCACCGCCCUUCCGGCCUUACUGCAGAUAUCUCUGAUCCUUUUUUUCGCCGGGUUGAUCGUCCUCCUUCAUACCCUCAGCACUGUCAUUCAACGCUUAGUCGCUUCGGUGGUGGGAUUGACGCUGCUAUGCGUCGUCGCUAUGCUUGUCUUGCCAACAAUCAGGACGGAUUGCCCUUACCGAAGCCCUCUCGCUUGGACCGUGGUAGAGGCA